AUGUGUCCAGGUUUCGAUCCAAGUACAUACACGCUGACGUCUACUCGCUCUACACCUGCGCUGACCGGCGUCAACCGAAAUCAUCGGUCAUCUGAUCGUGCGAGACCUACAUCUUCACCGCCCUCUUCCUCUUUCACUCUUCCACGCAUGGAAUCACCACCACAGGCAAUCCUCGAUUCUAGCCGAUCAUGGCCGUUCGCUUCGAUCUUCCCUCCGUCCACGAAUGACGUCCUCCUUGCUUGCAUUGUGAUGCACCGCACAUCCCACCUCGCUCCCCGCCAAACUGGCCUGAUCGUCUUGCCCUGGGGCACAUAG